UUUUCAACCGAGAAACAACGCGCGAUGCGCGCCCUCCGUUUUCUCUCUCGCGCGCCAGAAAACUAAGGCCUUCGCGCCGUAUUUUUUAUUUUGCCCACUCCCCCACCGCUCGUGAGAACUGAGAAACAAGUCGUUCGUGACCUAGGUUCGAUCUGUUCAUGUUCCAUGGAGUCCUGGGAUCCCGAUGCUCCCAUGAAUAAAACAGCUCCCGAUGCUUCCAUGGCUGCUAAGGGCGGAAAAAAAAGGAAGAGGGGAUAAAACAAAACCCAGAGCAAAUUGUAUUGAGGCACACACCAGAUUCCUUGUUAGUAUGAUGAAGGAGUAUAAUCUAACGGCAAGAUAUCGUGGGCAAAACGGAUGGACUAAAGAAGCUUGGAACAACAUGGCCAAACGUUUGAAUGACAAGUAUCCUGCAGCUAAUUACACUGUGGGUCAACUUAAAGAUAGGGAGCAACGACUCAAGAAAGACCAUAAUACUGUGAAAUCAAUUCUCUCCAAAAGUGGGUUUGGUUGGGAUCCUGAGAUCAAAAUGGCAACAGCCAUUGAUGAAAAGUGGAAAGAAUUGUCAGUAACUCAACAGAAGUGGAGAAAUAGACCGUUUCCAUACUAUGACGAUUUGUAUGACAUUUAUGAUGGUCAAGUAGCAGAAGGAAAGCACUGCAGAAGGACAUCUGAUAGUCAUUUGGAGAGAGACAACAACACAACUUUUUCCUCGCCAGAAGAUGGAGAAGAUGGAAUGCAGGAAACUGAGCAAGAAUUUGACAUGGGGUCUGGCCCAAUGUUUGACUUUGGGUAUGAGGAUGGAAUGGACAGCAAUGGCAUUAAUGCAACAUAUGCUUCACCUACUGGUAUCCCAGAUAGUAGUCAGACAUAUCAUUCAAUUCCAGAGGAUGAAACACUUGAAACUUCAGCACCAAGAGGAAAGAAACAUCCAACAAAAUCAAUUGAGAAAGGUCCUGAUAAAGGUAGGCCAAGGAAAAAUAAGGAUGUUGCAUUAGAGAAUCUGGUUGCUUUGAGAAAAGAAGAGCUCGAGUGCUACAAGGAACUAAAGGAAAAGCAGAUUGAGAGUUACAAGCAAGUGAAAUUGGCACAGAUGGAAAGAACUGACGCUAACAAUGAUCCCUACUCUAUGGCCAGAUGCAUUUCAAAAUUAAAAUCAAUAGAGAUGCUCUCAGCACCUGAAAUGAUGAAAGCAAUCAACUAUCUGAAGAAAGAUAGAGUAAACAGGGAGAUAUUCAUGUCUAUUGAUAUCUAUGCUCUUCUUGUGGAGUUUAUCAAGGGAGCUAUAUCUGAUGUUGAAAAUUAGGAUGACUGGUAGAAGAUGGAUCACACUGAAUCAUGCAUGAACCCGAGUUGUAUUGUUUUCGCUUACUCAUCCAAUAUAUUUAGUAUUUAUGUUCAUAGAUUUACAAGUAAUCUAGCAUGCUUAGUGUGAUUUCUCCGGUUAUUGUUGUGAACCAUUGUUAAUCUUAGAUUUACAAGUAAUCUGCAGAAUGUAAGUUAUAACCAUCGUUGACCUUAUUAUGCGAAUUAAGAACAGAGAUAGCUCUGCAAGUUUCUCGAGUACUUACAUUAUUUAUAUUUGAUGUGCAAAUAAAUAAACUAACUUAUUACAUUA